CCCUGAGGCCUGGCCCCUCCCUCCCCAACCUUGCCCUGCUUAGACUAGGCAGUUCCAAAUUUACAAGUGCUUGCUCUUCCUUUCCGUGUUAGGGAGAGAAGCGGAGGAAUGAGUUGAGAAUCAUCUCUGGAUUCUUGCCUCCUGUGCAUAGCUAUCUCCUUAUCCUCGCCCCUCGUCUCCCCACAUCGCACGCUCGGGGACUUCUGUUUGCAGGAAGGUAGCCUUGCCUAUCCAGAACGCUCGGUCCUGCGGCGGAGGCCCCACUGAUGCUCUUGGGCCGGUGGCUCCUCGAAAGAUGCCUGCUCCCGCGGGCGCUUGAGGCCACGCAGAGGUGUUUCUCCUCCCCAGUUUCACCUCACCCGCAGACUUCUCUUGCCAUUAUUUCAUCCACCCUUAUAUAAAACCCUGCGCCCCCACCCCCAGCCCGGCGCAGCGCCCCCUCCCUCGGCUGCGCCUGGGCGGGAGGGAAGCUGAAGGGACCCGGGCGCGCGGGAGGCGCGCAGAGCUCUCCGGCUGCCCGUGUUCGCCGCCGCGCCUGGGGAAUUGGCUGUGGGCGAGGCGGCCCCGGCCGGCCUUUAUCGCUCGCCCCGCUGGUCGCUUGAAACUUUAUCAGCGAGUCUCGCCACUCGCCGCAGACGCGAGCGGGGGGCGGGGGCGCGGCGAGGCGCCGGCGGCCGUGACGAGGCGCUCCCGGCGCUGGGCGCUUCUGCUCCGGGCACGCAUGGCGCCCGCACACGGAGUCUGACCUGAUGCGGAUGCAAGGGGGUUAAUAUGAACGCCUGUCUCGGUGGAAUCUGGCUCUGGCUCCCUCUGCUCUUGACCUGGCUCAGCCCUGAGGUCAGCUCUUCAUGGUGGUACAUGAGAGCCACAGGCGGCUCCUCCAGGGUGAUGUGUGACAACGUGCCAGGGCUGGUGAGCCGUCAGCGGCAGCUGUGCCACCGACAUCCAGACGUGAUGCGUGCCAUCAGCCUGGGCGUGGCUGAGUGGACAGCUGAGUGCCAACACCAAUUCCGCCAGCACCGCUGGAACUGCAACACCCUGGACAGGGAUCACAGCCUCUUCGGCAGGGUCCUGCUUCGAAGUAGCCGGGAAUCUGCCUUUGUGUACGCCAUCUCCUCAGCUGGAGUUGUAUUUGCCAUCACCAGGGCCUGUAGCCAAGGAGAAUUAAAGUCCUGUUCCUGUGACCCGAAGAAGAAGGGAACAGCCAAGGACAGCAAGGGCACCUUCGACUGGGGUGGCUGCAGUGACAACAUUGACUAUGGGAUCAAGUUUGCCCGAGCAUUUGUGGACGCCAAGGAAAGGAAAGGAAAGGACGCCAGAGCCCUGAUGAAUCUUCACAACAACAGAGCCGGCAGGAAGGCUGUAAAGCGGUUCCUGAAACAGGAGUGCAAGUGCCAUGGCGUGAGCGGCUCCUGUACCCUGAGGACCUGCUGGCUGGCCAUGGCCGACUUCAGGAAAACAGGCGAUUACCUCUGGAGGAAGUACAACGGGGCCAUCCAGGUUGUCAUGAAUCAGGAUGGCACGGGUUUCACUGUGGCUAACAAGAGGUUUAAAAAGCCCACGAAAAAUGACCUCGUAUAUUUUGAGAAUUCUCCAGACUACUGUAUCAGGGACCGAGAUGCAGGCUCCCUGGGUACAGCAGGUCGUGUGUGCAACCUGACUUCCCGAGGCAUGGACAGCUGUGAAGUCAUGUGCUGUGGGAGAGGCUAUGACACCUCCCGAGUCACUCGGAUGACCAAGUGCGAGUGUAAGUUCCACUGGUGCUGUGCCGUGCGCUGCCAGGACUGCCUGGAGGCCCUGGAUGUGCACACAUGCAAGGCCCCAAAGAGCGCCGACUGGGCGGCUCCCACAUGACCCCAGCAGAGGUGGCCAUCCACCUUCCCUCCCACAAGGACGUCAUAGGAUCUGCAAGGAUGCUGGGUCUUUGGGUUCUCACUGGGAGAUAUUUCCUAAGGCAUGUGGCCUUCAUCUCUAUGGAAGCCCCUUCUCCCUCCCUUGGGACCCAGGACUGGGGCCACUCGCUGCACAUUAAACCUGCCCUAUUCUCUCUGACUUCCAGCAUUCUGGGGCACAUCUCUUGCUGGUCAUGACAGGCUGUUAAAGGGGAAGGGGAUGGGCCUAGGUCACUGUCUCCACCCACCUAGACACCUCUUCUUUCUAGAGAAGUUGGCCAGAGGGAAAAAGAGUGUCUCAAAGGAGCUUCCUCUGUGUUUUUCAACAAAUAUUCACGGUUAAGAAAUUCUAUACUUCUCUCUGGAGGAUAAAAUAAAGACAGCAGGAUCGACCCCCACAGAAUUAACUUUAAUUCUUGACAAGACCAAGCAGGGUUUUUGCUUGAUCAAGUGAUUUUCACAGCCACCACCUCUCGGGUAAUUGGUAAUUGGCUGGGAAAACAAUGACUUUCAAUAAAACUUGGGUUUCAAAUGCAGUAUUUCAAGGCAAUUUUGCCAUAUUAAAAUCUGGUGUGACAAGGUCGGUCGGUUGGUACAGUUUGGAAUCUUUGCAAUAGCAAAAGCCUCAGAAAGUGACUGCUUUGCCUCACUGCCCACUUGAUAUAAAGAACCUUUUAGGGAAUGAGAUCACUUAGCAUCUGAAGGGAGUUAAGAUGACUGACAGUGUUCUGACAGUACGUUCUAACUAUUGAGGGAAGAUGGAGGGAAGUAACCUAGUGAGUGGAAGCAGAAAAUGUGUCUGUACAGAUAAGGGAAAACAGGGAAAAUAAAAUUCCUAUCUGGGUGAUGCCUGUGGCUCAUGGAAUUUAGUAACUGAGAGUCUUUAAGAAUGAAAACUUGGGGAUGACAAGACCAGAGAACCGAAAUGCUGACAGAGCGGUUUCCAGAGCAAAAUCAUGCCUGGACAGUCUCUACCAUAAGCGGAUGUCUAAAAGAAGCUGGCUACAUGUGACAAGAAGCAUCAACUAGUAACCAUCACCUUUCAAGCACAGUGUAAAGACCUGUCAUAUUUAAUUGUGUUCAUUGGAUGCUUACAAGAUAAGAUACCAUAGCCUAAAGCAAAUGACACAUAGCCCUGCUUAUAAAGUUGGCAAUCCUAGUGUAUUAUAUUGCAAACAAAUAGUAACUUGGAGAGUAUAUUUAAGGGACCCAGCUGUAAUUACGGAAACAUCAAUAUGCAAAUUGUGGUCAGCUUUUGCCAGGAGCCAAAAGAUGACAUCCAGGGAAAAUGGAGAGGCUGCCUGCCCCAUUUAAUGUAUUAGAUGAAAGAAAGGUGAAAUGCAUGCAGCUACUUCUCAUCCCCUGCGCAUUAGUUUCUUGUUCUAAAUGUGAUCUCUCCACAGAGCUGUAUUAACAGGAUGAUUCAUUCUGUACAUCUGGUGUCAAAUCACUGAUGCUUGAACAUCCUUUGAUACUUUGGCUUCCAGGUUCUCUCUCUUUGCUUUAGAGUAGCAUAUUUAGACCAAGACUUAAGAAAUCAACCUUCUGGAGUGAUUUUCCGUAAUGAUAUUUGUCUCCUAGCUUUCUUAAAAAUGACAGAAUUCAUCUUUUUUCCCUCAUCCCCAAACCUCAAAAUUAGUUGUCUGAUUUUUCCAAAGCGGUCUUUCUUCUUUUUAUUCCCCAUGGAAUAAAAUUUUAUUCCAUGGAAAUUUUAUUCCCCAUGGAAAAAAUUCAGAGGAUGGGAGGAGUGGAGCAUGAUGGUAGCAGCUCUGAGCCCAGUGUGGGUCCACAGGGAGAGUAGAGGGCUAAGCAGAUAAGCUCAGUCUUGUGCUGAAGCUUGUGUGGGAGGAUGGAGGGACUUUCUUGUGGGGAGGGGUGUCCCAAGCCACCAGCCUCUCUUCCUACUGGAUGAACUGGGAAGUCAAAAAUCCAUAGAUAUAUUUAGAUGUGGAAAGGAACUUAGAGGACAUCCUAGCUCCCCACAGCCUGUAUCUGGGGAAACUGAGUCCAAGAGAGGUUGGGGGGGUGGUGAAGGGAUUGGUACAAACACCAGCCAUUGCUCCCACAAACAAGACCACACUCCAAGAGUCUUCAAGAAAGCUAAGCACUUUAUUAAAUGAAACUAGUUUGCCUCAGAGUUAAGUUGGUAGACACUAAAUAAUUUUAGCAUCCUGAGGGGAUGUUCAUUGCUCAUUUCUUUAUUCCUGGGAUGUUUAGAUUGGACUUUCUUUUUAAACUGCAAUGUAUUCUUCCUGAUAAGAAGGGGACAAGACAUGUCCAUGUCCCCUUGCUCAUAAAUUGCCCCUUGCUGCAUAAAUUGUCCUAAUUUGUAAGAGAGACUAUGGCAACCAUCUCAAGUGGCAGUAGAUGCAGCCACUGUGGAGGGCAAAAUAAGAGAGUGAGAAUUUUUAUCUGCUUUUAUUCUGAAAGAGAAAUCUCCAUAAUUGUGGAAAGAAUCUCCACAUUUUUAAAAAGGGGAAGAUAAUUUCAAACUCAUUUUCCUUAGGGCUUGGUAAAGGAUCAAUAUUUCCUGAUUCUAAAAGAUACUAAAUUCUUGAUUAUCUGAGGAUUUUAAGGGAAUAUAUGGCAUGCAUCAUCCAAAAUAAACUGAGUGAACCCAUUCAGGUCAAAUUGCCUUAUAAAGUCCCUCCCAAUAAAAAUCUUACAAUAAACUGAAGUUUUCUAAGUGCAAGAUGAUGCCCACUGAUUUUCUGCCAUACCUGAAAACCUUCCACAUAGUAGAUGUUGACUAGUUCACUGGAGUUUUCUUCAACAAAGAUAUUAUCUGCUCAUGGUUCUGAGACUUAGCAGAUGGGUUGUUUUCUUCAAUAGGUUUGCCUCUAAAUUGGUCUGCGGUGCGGACCAAUCUUUGUAUUCUGUGAACACGCUUUGUCAAGGUACAUUCAAGUUACAGCCUUUGGUAGAGUCCCUCAUGCUCUGAAACACCCUGCCCUGAGAGGCUGGCUUAUCCCCUCAAAUGGUCUAAACUCAAGCACAAAUGCCCCCGCACUUGUGCCAUGACCACCCUCAGCUCUGGUUCUAUGCCCCUCAGAGAUGGGGGCCCCUGGCAUAUUAAUCGGACCACAGCUGCUUCAGGAUGGAGGUGGGAAAGGCACAGGGCACCCCUGAACACUACCUAUCUGCUCUUCCUUAUAUGGGCAUCACUGGAUUGAAAUGAGCAGCCCCAGAGGGAUCCAUCAAAUGGCAGUUUAAUCUGCACGUGGCCUGGACCUGAGGGCGGGCGGGGGCGGUGUGGGGGAGGGUGGUAGUAAGAGGGAAAGACCUGGGUACCUGUUGCCAAGUGACCAGCUGAGUUUAAUGAUGGUGGAGAGUGGCUGUUUCAGCUUUUGUAGGUAUCCCUCCACCCCUCCUUCUGCUGUUGCUUCCCUGUCCCCUCCCAGCACCUACUUCCAAGGCGUCUGGAGGCCCCUGAGCCUCAGGGCCUCAGGCCUCUGCUCAGAUGUCCAUACCUGCUAUGCAGCUCUGCUCCAGGCUGCCAAGGUUAAUUUUAAGAGAUGUUUUCAAUUGUCACAAUCAUGGGCCUCUUUACAGGAGUUAUUACAAAGCAUGAAAACAUCGGGUGUCACAUUUCUCUUUCCAGGAAGGUAGCUUUAACAUCAGAAAAUCCAACUUCACGUUGACAUUUCUAGGCCUUAUUAACUUAUUAAAGAAUCUUACAUCAACUCUGUGAGACCUACAGCAGGACUCCCUCUCUCAGAGGCAGCCAACAUGACCGUGCAUGUGCUUGGGUUUGACAGUAUUUUCAAGCCAGGAUAUUGUUGUUACUUCUCAUUUAUUAAAGGCUGGCCCGGGGCCGGGGUUGUCUCGCUCAGCUAAAGAACAUUCAUCUCCCCUCUUGCCCACUCUCAAAAUAAAGGCUCAGAGAGGUGUCCAGUGGACCAGAACCAUUCUUUUGUGUCUAUUUACUGUACUUCAACCCGAGUUUCCUUAUCUUAAGAGCAAGAGUUGUACUCUCAACAAACAGACCUCCCAGUUCCAAUGCUGGUAAAUUGCUUUUGUCAGUCUGUGCUGACCUUGUGCAAAACAGUCCACUGGCGUAAGCUGACAGCCAAGGCAUGCUGAUUUUGACCUUCUUACCUAGGCGGCGAAAAUUUUCAAUCAUCCAUGAGAAUGUUCUUUACAUUUUUCUGGGGAUCAACAAGGUGACAGGUGGUUUGCAAAGCCCAACAUGAUCAUUAUUUUUCUAAGUUGUAGUUGUUCCAGCUCUGGUUUUUUUCUCCCUGAUAUUCACAUGGAUUCUUGUUUAGCCAAACCUCCCACUUCCACAAGCUAAUAAAAGUGUCAUGCAGAUUGUUAUAAAGAACUAUUGUUAUUUACAAGUCUACAUUUUCUGUGAAAUCAGAACAUAAUAAAGUGAAUUUUUGGUGUUGA